AGAACCUACGGGUGGCUGCAGCAGCAGCAUAGCAACCGGCAGCAGCAGCAUAGCAGCCGGCAGCAACAGCAUAGCAGCCGGCAGCAGCAGCAAAGCAACCGGCAGCAGCAGCAUAGCAACCGCCAGCAGCAGCAGCAUAGCAACCGGCAACAGCAGCAUAGCAACCGGCAGCAGCAGCAGCAUAGCAACCGGCAGCAGCAGCACAGCAACGGCGCAGCAGCAGCAGCAACCGGCAGCAGCAGCAGCACAGCAACCGGCAGCAACAGCACAGCAACCGGCAGCAGCAGCACAGCAACCGGCAGCAACAGCACAGCAACCGGCAGCAGCAGCACAGCAACCGGCAGCAGCAGUACAGCAACCCGCAGCAGCACACAGCAACCGGCAGCAGCAGCACAGCAACCGGCAGCAGCAGCAAAGCAACCGGCAAGUCCCAGGGACAACCCUCCUGGGUCGCCCCUCACGGGGCUCCACGCACUCAGCCUUCGCCAUUUCCCGCAUGGCCUCGCAGAGCGCAGCAAACCUCCCACCCUCCGACAGCCGAGCCAGCAGCGUAGGCUCGGGGCUCCGACCUGAAGGCUCGGCAACGCUAGGCAGGGCCAAGGCCCUGUCGCGGUCCGACACAUUCUUUCUGCGCGAGAUGCGCGCCACAGAGGUGCUGGGCAGCGCCGUGGUGGCGCCGGACAAUGGCUACCUACUAUUGUGGCAGCAGCUGGUCCUCGUGCUGUCCUUCUACUCCGCCUUCAUCACGCCCCUCGAGUUCUCCUUCCUGCCCGUGCUGCCGCCGGGCCUGGCCAUGGCGGAUAACAUCAUCAACGCCUUCUUCCUCGCCGACCUGCUGCUCACCCUUCUUCGUCGCCUUCAAGGACAGGCGGACGCAGAGCUACGUGUGCGACCACUGGAGCAUCGCCACCAGGAUCAUGCCGCGCCGGCCAACGAAGUCCAAGAACACGCGGACGACAGGGGGAGUGGCGGUCGGCGAGUACGUGUCAAGGAAGUCAUGGCCGUACCGCUGCGUAAAUCCUUUGGCGCAGUAGCGGGCCUUAUAGACCGGGUCGUCGCCAGGGAGGAGCUUGACCCGAAAUACCCAUUUGCCUUUGACCACGUUGUGGUUGAGAGGGCGGGGUACGUCGAUGAAGGACAAGGGGAGAAGACACCUGGGGGGGUGGAGGAGGAGGUGGGGGAGGUGGGGGAGGAGGGGGGGAAGGAGGUGGAGGGGGGGAGGUAUCUCUGCACGUUCUUCGCCUGUGACGUGCUCGCGCUCUUCCCCUGGGACACCUUCUUCCAGCUGGCAGGAGGGGAAGGUGAUGACAACCUGCUGCGAUGGUUUUUAUGGACCAGAGUUGUGAGGACACGCCAUGUGAUGAACUACUUCCACCGGUUGCAGAGGGACAUCCGGCUGAGCUACUUCGCGGUGCGUGUGGUGAAGCUCAUAUUCGUGGAGCUCUACAUCACCCACGUGGCCGGCUGCUUCUUCUACUUCCUCGCCACCACCUACCCGCCCGACCAGGAAGGCAGCACGUGGAUCGGCAGCCUCACUCUGGGGGACCUGCAGUACACGGACUUCCGAGACAUUGACCUGUACACGCGGUACUUCACUGCGCUCUACUGGUCCGUCAUCACCAUGGCCACUAUUGGCUACGGCGACGUGCAUCCAGUGAACCCGCGGGAAAUGGUGUUCGCCAUGGUCUACAUCUCCUUCGACCUCGUCCUCUCCGCCUACCUCGUUGGCAACAUCACGGCAAUGGUGGUGAAGGGGUCCAACACGACGCGGUACCGCGAGAAGAUGUCAGCGCUGAUCAAGUACAUGAAUAGGAACCACCUGCCGCAUGCGCUGCGGCAGCAGAUGAGACAGCACGUGCGGCUGCAGUUUGAGACGGAGCAGGUGGAGGACGAGGUGAUGGAGGAGUUUCCCCUCAGCAUUCGCCACAAGGUGGCGCGUGCCCUCUACCAGCGCACUGUCGAGGCCUGCUACCUCUUCGACGGGUGCUCUGGGGAGUGCAUUAACCAGAUCGUGAGUGGAAUGCGCCACGUGUGUGCUGAUGGCACAUGCAGCACAUGUAUGUUGAAUGCAGCACAAGGUGGCUCGUGCUCUCUACCAACGUACUGUUGAGACAAGCUACAUCUUCGACGGGUGCUUGGGUUAGGGAGUGCAUCAGAGAGAAAAUGUGGAGAGAAGAAUUGACCACGGGAACUUGGGAAGGUUGGACCACCAACAAUUGAGGAGCCAAUAAUGUUGGUGGAAGACCAACAAGAUUGAACACCUCGAUAUUUGGGGUCAAGGGUUGGUUGAAUAUCCAACCCCAACAUUCAUCUACACCCCUAGAUAGCCCAACUUGGUUAUAUAUGUAUAUAUAUAUAUAUAUAUAUAUACACAAGUAUAAGAAACUAUGUAGGAUAAAAAGAAUACUAUAUUCUGACACAACCCCGUAGCCUGCAUAGUGAGAGAAUACUUGGGUCGAGAAGAGACGACUCUUGAAUCAGGUAGGGAACGAGGAGGAGCGAGGAGCAAGGCCUAAGAGGCUGAGGAGGGAGUGACGAAUGCGAGGGAGAGCCUUGGUGAAGAUGUCAGCAAGAUUGGCAGAGGAGUCAAUCUUGUGGACGGUUAGAUGGUCGGCUUGGACGAGUUCGCGAACGAAGUAGUGGCGGAGCUCGAUGUGCUUGGAGCGGCCAUGGGAAACUGCUUCUUUGGUGAAGUGUAUCGUGCUAGCAUUGUCGCACCAGAUGGUGGGGCAGAGCUGAGGGGCACCAAAUUCCGUGAGAAGGUAGCCGAGCCAGCGAGCUUCCUGUGCAGCCGUGGUAACGGCAUAGAGUUCAGCUUCAUAGGAGGAGAGGGCAAUGGAGGAGGAGCGGGUAGAGCGCCAGCUAAUGAGGCCACUCCCCAGGGUGAAGCCAUACCCCUGGGAGCUGUGACGAUCAGGCUGGGAGUCAGCCCAUGAGGAGUCGCUGAAGCUGGUAACCAGGUUUAUCUUAUCCCAAGGGAAUAGACCCUUGUAGAAUAUAGAAUCACCCUGCGUAUAGCCACGCGAGGCUAUUGACUUUAAGAGAUUACGGCAGGAUUACGCUAGAUAGAGCGCAAUAGUACAUCCCGAGCCUGGUCGGUUAUAUAAUGAUAAUAACAGGAUAAACCAAAGGUUAAUGAAAAAUGGAGAAGAGGAAACCAAAUAAAAUGGGAUAAAAAGAGAAAUGAAAGAGGAAGGAAAAGCCAAGUGGUGUAACGGGGUCGUACUCUCACAGAUCCCCCCCUCAAAGCUGGAUGGUAGAAGUGACACCCUGCUUGACAAGGUAGUCAUGCAGAGGACGACUUGGGUAGCUGAACUCUCCGUCCAGUGUUGUAGAUGCUUGCGGUGCGAUUCAUCCAGAUGAUCUCGGGGUUGAAUCUUUUUAGGAAGUUUCGCCCGAAGACCAAGUGAAGCCCUUUGAUGUUGGUGAUGGGGAGUGCACGUCUCCAGCGCAGUGGUCCAAUUUGUAGGUGUAGCACUGCUUCGCCGUGUACUGGUAACUUGCUGCCGUCCACCAUUGUUGCAGAAAACGCUGAUGGCUUGUACUCUUCUCGAAGUCGGUCGAUGGUUGCCUUGUCGCAGACGGUCGGGAAUUCGGUUGUAAAAUUCUUCCAUCUGCUGCGUGUACUGCGCUACACUCCCGAACUGUCGGUGUCGAUGAAUUUUUUCCCGGGCAAGGAAACUGGAAUUUAUCAGCUCGAAACGUUUCAGCAGGUUGGCGCGGAACUGCUGCCACGUGGCUUCACCAUGGAUAAAAGUGCUGUUGCCGCCAAUCCACUCAAGUGCCGGUCCUCGCAUCAGUGUCGCCGCGAGUGGUACACGUUGACCGUAACCAGGUUUAUCUUAUCCCAAGGGAAUAGACCCUUCUAGAAUAUAGAAUCACCCUGCGUAUAGCCACGCGAGGCUAUUGGCUUUAAGGGAUUACGGCAGGAUUACGCUAGAUAGAGCGCAAUAGUACAUCCCGAGCCUGGUCGGUGAUAUAAUGAUAAUAACAGGAUAAACCAAAGGUUAAUGAAAAAUGGAGAAGAGGAAACCAAAUGAAAUGGGAUAAAAAGAGAAAUGAAAUAGGAAGGAAAAGCCAAGUGGUGUAACGGGGUCGUACUCUCACACUUCCCCAGCCAACGAAUCGGGCAAGGAUACUGAUGGGGUAGGCCAGGUCGGGGCGAGUGCAGAUCAUGACGUACAUCAGGGACCCCACGAGCUCAGCGUAGGGGUCGUCGGAGGAGGCUGGGGUGGUGGGGGGUGUGAGCUGGUGGUUGACAUCAAGAGGAGUGGAGACAGGCUUGGCCGGUGACAUCUCGAAGUGCUCGAGCACUUUCUUGAUGUAGUAGGACUGGGAGAGCGAGAUCGUGCGUGCUUCCUUGUCGCGAGUGAUCUCAAUGCCAAGGUAGUUCGUCUUUGACUUGUUGUAGGUCUGCGUCGUUGGAGGCGGCCAAGAGCAUAUCGUCAACAUAGACGAGGAUGUAGAAGGGUGAGGGGGAGGUGCGAAGGAAGAGGCAGGAGGCAGCUUGGGAGGGACAAAAGCCCAGGUCGCGAAGGGUGGAAGAAAGCUUGGCAUACCACUCUCGGGGUGCCUGCUUCAGGCCGUAGACGGGCCGCUUGAGUUCCCACACAGUGGAGGGAUCGAAGGGGAGAUGGAAGCCGCUGGGGCGCUCGAGGAAGAUCUGCUCGUGGAGUUCGCAUUGAAGGAAAGCGGUGGUGACAUCCAUAGAGUGUAGGAUCAUGCCGAGUCGCCCGACAAAGUCUAGGAAUACUCGGACGACCGGGGGAGUGGCAGUGGGUGAGUAGGUGUCGAAGACAGUGGCCUCCCCAGGUAAUAGCUUGACUCGAAACACCCACUUGCCACGAACCACAUUGGCACAGGACGGGCGGCGGACAUCGAUGAAGGAGCGAUUGCGUAUGAAGGCUUGUAGUUCAUUGAUGAUGGCCUCGAGCCAACGGGCUGCAUCCGGGCACGCCAUCGCCUCCUCGUAGGUGCCAUGUUCGAAGAUGGUUGGGGCGCCGGAGACGACAAACACAGGGGUGCAUGCGAUGCUGAAGGCGAUUGGCACGAGGAGCGGGUUGAGGUGAUGGAGCGUGAGGAUCUCUUCGUGAGCAUCCUCUUGAACAAGGGGGGAAAGUAGGGUUGAGCAUACUACCCGCCC